AUAAACAAUUCCUAUCCUCUGUUUGGUUUCAUCUACUACACACUUCUGCACCACCACUAAAGUCAUGGCCACCACCACAGCAGCCCUCUCAGGAACCAUGGCGAGCGCCUCGUUCAUCCGGAGGCAGCCAAUUAACACUAGCUUAACAGCAUUCCCUAACGCGGGUCAUGCUCUAUUCGGUCUGAAAGCCGGUCGUGGAAGUCGUAUCACUGCCAUGGCCACUUACAAUAUCAAGCUCAUCACCCCUGAAGGAACUAAAGAGAUUACCUGUUCGGAUAGCGAGUACAUUCUGGACGCAGCAGAGGAAAAAGGCCUUGAUCUCCCGUACUCGUGUAGAGCCGGUGCCUGCUCUUCGUGUGCUGGAAAAGUUACACAAGGAGAAGUGGAUAAUUCAGAUAACAGCUUCCUUGAUGAUGAUCAGUUAGAAGCUGGGUAUAUUCUCACAUGUGUCGCUUACCCUCGUUCGGACCUUGUUAUCGAGACACACAAGGAGGAAGAACUUGUUUCUUAAACAUGAUAUUUGUCUGUUUUUUGUGGAAUUGCUACUGUAUUAACUUUAUCUAGCUCUUCUGUUAUCCGUGUUCUGUUUUGUUGUGAAGAAUGAGUUGGUUACACUGAUUA